AAUAAGACACACACCUGUCCUAGGUGCUUUUACUCAAAUGUCCUGUCCUGGCCAGGUCUGUUCUCACACAGGUAUCCAGCAGGACACAACACAUACACACACUCCUGCUGCCAGUAUGCCAGAUGAAAAGAUGGACGAGACUAAGAAAAAAAAGAAAAAGACCGCUGAGUGUUGUGGAUAUCCAAUCAGCAUUUUCUUUAUUGUGGUCAAUGAGUUCUGUGAGAGAUUUUCCUACUAUGGCAUGCGAGCUGUGUUGGUGCUGUAUUUCCGGUAUUUUUUGCUUUGGGAUGAUGACCUUGCGACUUCCAUCUAUCAUGCUUUUGUGGCGCUGUGCUACUUGACACCCAUCUUGGGUGCCAUCAUUGCUGACUCCUGGCUUGGGAAGUUCAAAACAAUCAUAUACCUGUCCAUAGUGUACGCCAUCGGCCAGGUCACCAUGGCCAUCAGCACUAUUCAUGACAUCACAGAUGCAAACAGAGACGGCACACCGGAUAACUUCACCUUCCACAUUGCUCUGUCCAUGCUGGGUUUGAUCCUCAUUGCUCUGGGCACUGGGGGUAUUAAACCGUGUGUGGCUGCUUUUGGUGGCGAUCAGUUUCAGGAACAUCAGAGUCGCCAACUCAACACAUUUUUCUCAGUGUUUUAUUUGUGCAUUAAUGCAGGGAGCCUUCUUUCCACACUCAUUACACCUGUUCUCAGAGCUCAAGAGUGUGGCAUCCACACUCAGCAGCAGUGUUAUCCUCUGGCUUUUGGGGUCCCAGCCGUUCUCAUGGUCAUAUCUCUGGUGGUGUUCAUCGCUGGCAGUGGCAUGUAUGUCAAAACAGAUCCGGAAGGAAACAUUAUGUGGUCCGUGUGUAAAUGUAUAGGGUUUGCCAUCAAAAACCGAUUCAGGCACAGAAGCAGCAGCUAUCCAAAGAGGGAACACUGGAUGGACUGGGCCAAUGAGAAAUAUGAUAAACUUCUUAUCGCUCAGAUAAAGAUGGUGUUGAAGGUGUUGUUCCUCUACAUUCCUCUGCCCAUGUUUUGGACCCUGUUUGAUCAGAAGGGCUCUCGCUGGACUCUCCAGGCCACUACCAUGAGCGGAGACUUUGGAGCAUUCAUCCUGCAGCCAGACCAGAUGCAGACUGUGAACCCAAUCCUGAUCCUGACCCUGGUGCCUAUUAUGGACCGGUUAAUUUUCCCUCUCAUCCAAAAGUGUGGCCUCAAUUUCAGCCCUUUGAAGAGAAUGACGGUUGGCAUGCUGUUUGCUGCCAUGGCAUUUGUCUCUGCAGCUCUGGUCCAGAUUGAGAUUGAUAAAACAUUGCCAAAUUUCCCAUCAUCCUCUGAGAGCCAGCUAAAGGUGGUGAACACGUACAGCAGAACACUGAAUGUGACCAUCUCACCCAAUGAACAUCUUCUGAUAGAGUCAUUUGGGAGCAGUGCAGAUUACAUGACGUUUGACCAUCAGGACAUCACAGUGUCCUUGAACACAAAUCCUGUGAUCACUAAAGCUUUCAGUUUAAUCAAGGGGGGGCGCCAGACCCUCAUCAUCCCCUCUGACCCAUCCAUCAUGUAUCUGGAAGAAGACGUCAAGUCCAAACCAAGGGAAGGAAAGAACGCCAUUAGGUUUGUGAAUGGCUAUACAGCAGAUCUGAAUAUCACCAACCUGGAUUCCAUCGAACCAUCAGCCACUACAAACUACACACUGGUGAAUCAGGGGAAGCGGGAUUUCGUGCUCAGACAUGGUGAACAGUGGUGUGAGUUUUCCCGGAAGUUUGGAUUCGGUGCCUCAUACACCUUCCUCAUCCCCAGCACUGUGUUCUCAGAUGAUUGUGAAUCUAUAACAGAAGUUGAGGACAUGAAGCCCAACUCGGUCCACAUGGCUCUGCAGAUUCCUCAGUACUUCCUCAUUACUACAGGAGAGGUCAUGUUCUCAGUCACUGGCCUGCAGUUCUCGUACUCACAGGCUCCAAAGAACAUGAAGUCCGUGCUGCAGGCCGGCUGGUUGUGCACCAAUGCCGUGGGAAACAUCAUUGUGCUGAUUGUGGCAGAGCUAGGAAAGCUUCCCAAACAGUGGGCAGAGUAUUUGCUGUUUGCGUCGCUUCUAGUGGCUGUGAGCAUCAUCUUCUCCAUCAUGGCUUAUUUCUACACCUACAUAGACCCAGCAGAGAUUGAGGCCCAGGUCAGGAAAGAGCAAGGGCUUGAGCCAGAAGAGAUGGAGAAAGAGACACUAGAAAUGGAGGAAAAAGAUGAAGACCAGAAAAACGAGCAGGGGGUCAAACAAACCAAGAUAUGAGAUUUGUGAAGAUUGGAUUGUGCUGAUAUCUAAGCUUUAGUGCUAUAUUUAUUAAAAUACAUAUAAAAAACUGUGAACAGACAUAUUGACAUUUGAAUCCAUCAUUGUUAAAUUCAUUGUGACCGUUGGCUGUAAGACCCCACUGAGUGAAUCAGAUGUAGCAAGAAAAAUUAAAAAACCUUCUGUCAUGAUAUCGUUAGAUAUGGUUUAUGAUGCAGAUGUACUCUGGUUAGUGUUUUUGUGUGUGAUCCAUUUUUUUUAAGCUAAUAAACUACACUGCUAUGAAA